AAAGUGUCCGGACUGGAAGGGGGUGAAAGUGUCUGGACUGGAAGGGGGGGGGAAAGUGUCCGGACUGGAAGGGGUGAGAGUGUCUGGACUGGAAGGGGGGGAAAGUAUCUGGACUGGAAGGGGGGGAAUGUGUCCGGACUGAAUGGGGGUGAAAGUGUCCGGACUGGAAGGGGGGAAAGUGUCCGGACUGGAAGGGGGGGGGAAGUGUCCGGACUGAAAGGGGGUGAAAGUGUCCGGACUGGAAGGAGGGGAAAGUGUCCGGACUGGAAGGGGGGAAAGUGUCCGGACUGGAAGGGGGUGAAAGUGUCCGGACUGGAAGGGGGUGAAAGUGUCCAGACUGGAAGGGGGGGGGAAAGUGUCCGGACUGGAAGGGGGGGAAAGUGUCCGGACUGGAAGGGGGGGAAAGUGUCCGGACUGGAAGGGGGUGAAAGUGUCCGGACUGGAAGGGGGGUGAAAGUGUCCGGACUUGAAUUGGGGGUGUUUUUUUGGCUGGAA